UCGCCUGUACCGGAAGUGCCGGAGACGUCGGCGCGUGAGGAGCGCGCGCGAGUGGUUGAGUGGGGGAGUAGUCGGUGGCAAAGGGUCUCUGGCGUGAUUUGUGGCGUUAUCGACCAUGGCGUACCGCGGGCAGGGCCAGAAGGUCCAGAAGGUGAUGGUGCAGCCCAUCAACCUCAUCUUCAGAUAUCUACAAAAUAGGUCGAGGAUUCAAGUGUGGCUGUAUGAACAGGUGAACAUGCGGAUAGAAGGGUGUAUUAUUGGAUUUGAUGAAUAUAUGAACCUGGUGCUGGAUGAUGCUGAGGAGAUCCACUCCAAGACAAAAUCAAGGAAACAGCUAGGUCGAAUCAUGUUAAAGGGAGACAAUAUUACUCUUCUACAAAGUGUUUCUAACUAGAAACUGCUGUCCUUUGAUUAUGAUGUUACUUAAUUGGUUAAUUCUAUCAGUUUCAAACUGUGCUCCAGUGUCUAAGAGGAGGCAAAAUAAGUCAGUUUUAGUUUGUAUUUGCAUAGUUUCAAUAACUGUUUUAACAUUGGAGUAAUAUUGUAGUUCUUCAUAAAUAAACUUUUCUAUGUUAAUA